AUGGCUCCGAGUAAGCGAUCGGCACGGAGCUCCGCUGCCCAGGCCGAAAAGGCCGAGAAGACAAACAACAGCAGCAUUGCGUCCAAACGAAGCGUGGAAAUGAUUUACCACCAGAAGCCCCAUUUCUUUCAACAUUUCGUCCCGAAAACCCCGCGACGAUCUCCCAUUAUCAAUCGGGGAUACUGGUUGCGCAUGUAUGCCAUGGCAGAGACGGUCCGACAAUUCAUGGAGAAGGAACCGAUAGACAAGCCCAAAUAUGUCUUGAAUUUGGGGUGUGGAUAUGAUCCUCUGCCAUUCAUGCUGCUCAGCGACGAGAAGAAGUCAGGUCGUAGAGGGCAGACAGUAUUUGUUGACAUCGAUUAUGAGAAGCUGAUGGUUCGGAAAAAGAACGCCAUCCGUGCGGCUAAAGAGAUAUCUGCUGUACUGGAAGAGGUGCAGUUUGGUGAGGAUCAGGAUCCUAUCCAGAUUCGCAGUCCUCGGUAUAUUGCGGUGGGCUGUGAUUUGAAGAACCUGAAGAAACUUGAUGAUGUGCUGCACUCAACUAUCCUGCCUUCUACCGACUGCUCGGUCCUCUUUCUCGCAGAAGUGUCACUAACUUACAUGGAUGUCGAAUCUGCCAAUGAUGUGGUGACUUGGGCUUCAAAGUUAACUAAUGAUGCCCAGUUCUGUAUCCUGGAGCAAUUCUUCCCCGACGGUCCUGGUCACCCAUUUGCUAAGACGAUGAUGUCUCACUUCAAUAAAUGGCGCGCUCCUUUAUUCUCGAUCCAUAAAUUCCCCUCCCUCGCCGAGCAAGAACAACGAUUUCGAAAUGCUGGAUGGCCUCAGGCACGAGCGAGAUGUCUUUGGGAUCUAUGGUCCGAUGAUGAAUUCUUGCCUGCGUCCAUUCGAACCGGGCUGGAUUCAUUCGAGGCCUUUGAUGAGUGGGAAGAGUUUGCACUGUUCGCAUCUCACUAUUUCGUGCUAGUCGCAUCAAACACUCCCCCUACACCAGAAGCCCAUAUUACCACGGGGACUGACAAGCAUACCUCGGGAGAUAUCUCUUCCCAAUUUGUGGUGACACCUAACUGCCCCCUUGCAAAGCAUGGCCGGCGACGAUACGGCGCCCUUGUGCCGGAUAGCAGUUGCAAUCACUUGGUUGGCUACCAUGGUGGCCAGGGCGAGCAAUCGCGUUUGUCGUCCUCAGACCUGUACACAAAUACCGAGGCCGCUGCUGAGCCAGAUUCGACACCCCUCUCAAACAACAUUCCUGCACGACAUCCCCUGCCAAACCCCUCGCCGACUGUUGGCGCCACCGACGUGCGCUGUGAGGAUGAAUCAAGCUCAAUCCUUGUCUACGGCGGCAAAACUCAAGACAACAAGAUCCUGGACAGCUGGUUGGUAUGGAGCUACAAAGAAGAGGCAGGAUGGCAACCGGUCAAGACCAUCGGGUCAUCACCUGAAGCUCGCUUUGGCGCAAGCAUUGCAAGGAUUGCUGAUACCUCUGGAAUUUUGUUUGGUGGAAUCGGGGCCAACGGCACCAUCCUGGAGGAUAUUUGGGCAUGGGAUCUUACUCGUUGUGACGAUGGUUUUCUGCAGAUAGAACUGAUCGAUGUGACUCGAUGCAUCCAUAACGCUACACCCCAGCUUUUCCCAUUUAUGAAUCGGUUCGGGGCGACUGUGAAUGCCACAUCAUAUGGACUGGUACUUGCGGGAGGCAUUAUCCCUCGGCAGAUCGUUCCCGUUGAUAAGGAGAUCUUGUUGUUGGAUCCUCGGCAAUUGCUCAAAGCAUCAGCAGAGAAGCAAUGCGACCCAUCUGUUGUCUCGGCCAUUGGACUUGGUCAAUCAUUCAAUGGACCAAGGCCGUUGCUUACCGGUCACGUCGCUUGCACGAUCGGCACUGACCAGGUGCUUCUACUCGGCGGUGGAGCAGUAUGCUACGCCUUUGGCAACUUCUGGACAGAGGGCACAUGGCUUCUGCAGCCGCAGCCCUCGGCGACCGAAAAUGAAUGGGGAAUGCUCUCCUAA